UGAACAGACAUCCGGCAGUUAAGGAAAGUGAUACGCAAACAACAGAAUUAUUUAUACUUCAACUUUACAUCAAAUUUUCUGGAGAAAAAAAUACCCAAAUGAAUUAUGAACAAAAAAGGUCUUGCAAUUUUGAUGAGAACUCGAAUAAAAUCAACUUCUUCUGCAAAUCCCAUAAAAAUUCCUCUCUCUCCUGCUACUAACGAGGUUAAUAAAAUGAUUACAAAUUCAGAGGGAAAUGAAAUUGUACCCAGAAAACAAAAUUCUGCAAAUUGUGGAAGCCAAGAAUUUUCUCACGAACUCAAUGCUUCAGAAAUCCCAGAAAGAGGAUUUAAUCUUGUGCGAGAAAGAAUGCAAUCGGCUAUUUCAGUGGACAAGACGGAAAUUCAGGAUGCAGUUCUAAGUGAUUUCUCUGAGGGCUAUUAUAGUCUUUCGAAGGAAGACCGUAGUAAGUUACUGGUGGUGCUUGCCAAAGACUAUGAUCUUAACAGGACCCGUGUUCAUGAUCUUAUGAAACAAUAUCUUGGCCUUCAGCUUCCUGCUGGUGACAAAGGUGAAAUUGGUGUUGAGGAUGACGGAAUUUUAUCUACUUUUUACCGGACUGAGAGGAAUUUGAGACAUGCACUACAGCCAACAUAUGAAGUUCUUUUCGAAAGGCUGAAUACCCAUCCCGGGGGAUUGAAAUUUUUAACAGUACUCCGUGCUGAUAUUUUAUCUACCAUCAAGGAUCACAACCUUCCAUCUUUGCGAUCACUAGAUUCUUACUUAAAGGAGAAGCUUAUCACAUGGCUAAGUCCAGCUGCAUUGGAGCUCCAUCGCAUAACUUGGGACGAUCCUGCUUCUUUGUUGGAGAAGAUUGUAGCUUAUGAGGCAGUUCAUCCCAUCAGUAGUUUAAUUGAUCUUAAGAGGAGGCUUGGAGUAGGGCGCCGUUGUUUUGGUUAUCUGCAUCCUGCAGUUCCUGGUGAACCUCUUAUCUUUAUUGAGGUAGCGCUAUUAAAAAAUGUUGCUGAGACCAUACAGGAAGUCCUCUGGGAUGAUCCACCGAUGCCUGAAUGUGAUGCAGCAUGUGCAUUAUUCUACUCAAUAUCAUCAACUCAGCCAGGCUUGGCAGGGAUUAAUCUGGGAAAGUUCCUUAUCAAACGUGUGAUUGAAUUGGUUAAAAAAGAUAUGCCACAUAUAUGUACAUUUGCAACACUUAGUCCAAUGCCGGGGUUUAUGAGAUGGCUAAUAUCGAAGUUGGCAUCACAAACUAAGCUUGCAGAAGCAGAAACUUUAGACGUGACAUGUUCUUCCCCGGAAAGUGCUGGUUCUAUAUUCAGAGAAAAUGUUCUAACAGCAGAGGAAGAAAGAGAAGUCUUGGAUAAACUGGGUUUUAGGAAAUUCACAUCCGGGAAAAGUGGCAUCGAAGUCAUAUUGAAUUUGCUGAAAUCUCCAAGCCAUGAAUGGAGCCAAUCUGAUGGUGCUUUGUCAGUGCUAAAACCUAUUUUGAUGCGACUUUGUGCCAGGUAUCUUAUUCAAGAAAAAAAGAGGGGAAAAGCUUUCGAUCCUGUUGCAAACUUCCACUUGCAGAACGGGGCGAUGGUUGAGAGAUUAAACUGGAUGGCUGACAGAUCAGAGAAAGGACUCUCGCAGAGCUGUGGGAUUAUGGUUAAUUAUAUGUACAGGUUGGACAACAUCGAAGAAAAUGCUCGGUCGUAUUUCAGCACAGGCCACGUUAAUGCUGCAUUGGAUCUUCAGAGACUUGUAGAAUAGAGGUAGUAUACUAACUUACACGCACUACUAUCACUUGGAUAUCGAUACAUGAGUAAUACAUAUACAGAUUUUCCUCCUACUACCAGCAAACAUGACUUAACAUGUUGAAGUUUUCUUAUUACAACUUGAUUCUUCAAGUUUGCUGGUGAAUGUACAAAAUAUACAUAAACUGAAAUCUUCAUUUAUACACCUUAAAAUUCUAUAGUCUUGGGGUUCUAUUUGAUAAAGUUGCUCUUCUUUAGUGUACUGGUCAUUUAUGAUUAUACUGAAUUCGCUUCA